AUGUCUUCCAAGGCCUCAAGCGUUACUGAGAGGACAUCCUCUGAGGUGACUUCCCUCGAUAUCAAGUCUCUGGAUGAUGAUAUGAAGACUCCAAUCACUGGAGAGAAACCCGUCGAGGAAGAAGCACAGCCUGUUUAUUCAGUGUAUACCCAGCGACAAAAAGCCUUCAUUGUUUUUAUGUCUGGCCUAGGAGGAUUCUUCUCCCCAUUAUCAGCAAAUACAUAUUUACCCAGUAUCCCCCGUUUAUCGGAAUAUCUUGGAGUGUCUCCAUCUUUGAUGAAUCUUACGGUCACUGCGUUUCUUAUUUUCCAAGGACUGGCCCCGUCACUUUACGGCGAUCUUGCCGACAUUGCUGGUAGACGGCCCGCAUAUUUGAUAUCAUUCGUGAUUUAUAUAAUUGCCAACAUUGGCUUGGCCAGUCAGUCCUCUUAUCCGGCACUAUUAAUCCUCAGAUGUCUCCAGAGCUCAGGAUCAGGUGGCACAUAUGCCUUGAACAGUGGGGUUAUUGCCGACAUCUCAACCACGGCCGAACGUGGUAAAUACAUGAGUGCAGCGCAAAGCGGGAUCAUGCUUGGGCCGGCAAUUGGACCUAUACUGGGAGGUGUUCUUGCCCAGCAUCUUGGCUGGAGGUCGAUAUUCUGGUUUCUAACUAUCUGUGGCAGCAUAUACAUCGUUGUUUUUGCCAUCACGGUUCCGGAAACCGCCAGAAAGGUGGUUGGGAAUGGCUCCAUUCCACCGACGGCAUGGUGGAGUCGUUCCUUGCUGAACGAGGUUUCUCGUCGUAAAGCUGCCGCCAAGCAAGAAGGUGAAGACGAAAUCUCAACACGGCCAAAGGCUCGUGUAUUGGGAUUUCCGAAUCCUUUGAAGACACUGUUUAUCAUCGCUGAGAAAGACUGUGCGGUGACUCUGUUCUACAACGCCGUCAUCUAUUCGUCGUGGUAUACAGUAACCGCCAAUUUGUCAAAUCUACUCUCGAAGAAUUACCACCUGGAAACGCUACAUUUAGGAUUAUGUUAUAUACCUUUUGGUGUUGGGGCUGCACUGUCCAUCAUGGGCAAUGGAUAUAUCCAGGACUGGAAUUAUGCACGUGUUGCACAUCGUCACGGUUUCUCUGUCGACAAGAAGCGAGGCGAUGAUUUGACCAAGUUUCCCAUUGAGAAAGCAAGACUGAGCAUCGUUUGGCCAUUUGUUUAUGUGGGCGCUCUGGCUAUCAUCGGCUUUGGCUGGGCUGCUACGAUGAAGGCGCAUCUCUGGGUCCUUUUGGUCCUCACAUUCGCCAUGGCCCUAUGUCUUACCGCUUGCUAUAAUAGCAUGAACCUCUUGUUGGUUGAUCUUUAUCCAAAUUCGCCGUCAACUGCCUCUGCUGCGAAUAAUUUGACCAGGUGUCUAAUGGCGGCGGGAGGAUCUGCCGUUAUUGAGCCUAUGAUACGCGUGAUGGGCACCGGUUGGGCAUAUACUGCCAUUGGAAGUAUCCUUAUUGUGCUGAGUCCUUUUCUUCUUAUUGUUAUCCGUUAUGGCCCAGUCUGGAGAGAGGAACGGAGGGUGCGGUUGGCGAAUAAAGAAGCAGCCCGUAAGCACUCAGCAGAGCGGCAAGUGUGA